AUGAGUGUCGAGGGUAAGAAUGUGGAUUCAUAUUCGGGCCUAACCGCCUCUGUCCAACAUGAGCACACCCAUCCUGUCCACAACAGAGGAGUCGCGCUCGAAACGACCACACAGCAUGCAUUCAUUACCGUCGCGUCUCAGCUGAAGCCAGAUCUCAAGGGGGAAGACGAGGAACAUAACCUGGAGCUGGAGCUGCAUAAAUUUUUAUCACAACACAAUCACGGCCCACCGUCGUCUGGGACUACGGGAACGACUUUGGCUGGGGUACCUGACUUCUCUGCGAGCCACAACAUAAGCCACCGUGAUGAGAUGGCGGAGGCCAUUGAGAAGGCAAUGGCAGAAAUAGCAUGUCCAGAACUGUGGAACAACGACCACAGUUCCGCCGGGGCCACAGUUGGAGGUGACGUUCACUUGGACACGCUCACGAUGGAUGGCAUACUAGGCAACGAAGAGCCUUUUGUGCAAGUGCACGAAGGCGCGCUUGGCUCGGUGGACAUGGACGGCCAGCGCUAUCCACAUGGGCGGAACUCCCUCUCUUCCAUUGUCGGCUCCAAAGCAAUCAUACAGCAGUCAAUGGACAUACACCCAACUGCACAAGGCGGCGCCCGGUCCAGGCAAAGCACUGAAGAGGUUGGCAUGCACAUCUGCGCCACUCCAAACGGAAAGCGGAAGAAUGCAGGUGUUGCGUCCUCACAGGCCACAGUGAAACGUAGCCGAUUGUUCUACGAAACGAUAUCUCCCGAAUCGCUAUCUCCGCUAUCCGACAACAGCGACUUCCUCAAGGCGAUGGAUACAAAGGGGUCUGGGGUGCAGAAUGUGCCGAUCUCUACGUCUGUUACUGCGGGCGCUCUGGGGCAUGGCGCAAAGAACAUCAAAGGCUAUCAAAACGCCUCGAAGAUAAACAUGGCUUCGAACAUACCAAAAGAAAAGCUUCAAGUGCAUUCUACACCUCCGGUUGUGUCUAUACUUCCAGAGAAACUUACACAAGAGUUCACCAUGCAGCAGGUUAUGGAGACUAAACGAAGGAUCAUCAAUACCCACAAACUUAUUCUGAACUUCAAUUUCCUAAAAGAAAGCUACACACGGUCGUGCAGCGAACUAAAGCGGACGGUUUUCAAGCUAAAAGAGUCAGAAUGUCACAGGGCCAGGCUAGCGAAGGAGAAUGAACAACUAAAACGGUUAGUCAUUGAGUUAAAUGAGAGAAUGAAAAAUCCAAGUAAAUAG